AUGGAAGACCUAAAGCCUUUGCCGGACGUGGAUGGUCCCAAACUGGAACCGUUUGGACACGACAUGCUCGCCGAUCAUGUCGAGUUUCUCGAACUGGUUCAGCAGAAAACCGGCCAUGGCUGGGUCAUCAAAAUAAAGAUUGGCGAAAAGCUCUAUGCUCUCAAGAUUUUCUUCUGCCAAGAUACCCAGUUUGGCUGUGAUGAUGUGUACGACGCUGGGCCGACUUCUACCAUGAGCCGGGAGGAUUUCGAAAAACACUUUACCCCGUUUGAGAGCGAAUGCCGGGCCUAUGGCAGACUCAAGGAGCUGAACCGCGAACAUCUCGCCGUCAAGGCCCACGGCUACGUCAUCAUGCCAGUCACUGAGGCCUUGACCCAAAAGCUGCGGCUCCUCGAGUCCAAGCGCGAAUACUCGAGAAGGAUUUCCAAGAUUGAGGGACAAGCCACUCCCUUUAUGGGAAUCGUAAAGGACUGGGUGGACAGGGUUGUAUUUGACCCCAGCUUGGAGUGGGAUUUUGAGCAAGCCGUCGACGAUGAGAUCCGCCAGGUACGCCAUUUCCCACGCAUGCUCAGAGAUCUCCAUAAGCUUCACGAGAGCGGAAUAGUGGUGAGAGAUAUAGGCAUCUGGCAGUAUAUUGAUGGUGUGCUUGUUGACUUGAGCAUCGCUUGGACCAUCCCUCACCCCUAUGGCCCAGGCCAAGGCUGGAAACCCAGAUGGGAAUUCCAGAGCUGGGCGGCCGGGGAUCUGCACUCAUUCCAGGUCAACGUAAUCGAGGAAUGGCGCAGCAGGAUGGAGUUUGAGACUGACAUGGAUCUGCCCAAGUUCAAGGGGAUCCCCAGGACCUGCUCGCUCCGGGCGUACGAGAGCCUGGAGCGGGCAAGGGAUCUACGACCUCGACCCAAUCGGCAGCGGCCGUUUCUGCCUAUCCCGAACAUAGACAGCUACGAGCUCGACAUGGUCCAGCUUCCUCGACAUGACCCGGGAGAGUUUGACCCGGCAAAGGUCAGCAAGUCCAGGAAGAAGCGCAAGGGAGGAGACGCGCCUGGUGGGAGUGGGAGUGCCAAGAGGAGAAAGGGGGCUAGGGGUUAA